AUGCUAGCACUCACACUCUUAGCUCUGGUUGGACCUCUUGCAGCCUCAGCCGCAUACACCCCCCAGGGCAGAUCAGCAGGAUUGGCCCCUCGAGCAGGUCAGACUUGUAUGAUUCAAUCGAGCGGAUCGAACUCUACAGACGACUCACCUGCGUUCCGAGAUGCUGCAAAGCAGUGUGCGAAUGGGGGUACUCUUCUCUUUCAGGGAGGUGUGGACUACUACUUCAACACACCAGUUAAUGCGACGUUGAAUAACGUGGACAUACAAUUGAAAGGUAACAUUCACUUACCGCAGAAUAUCACCUAUGUUCAAGGUAUCGUCAAUGGUUCGACUGGCGGCAACGUAUGGUGGAUCAACCUCACCGGUGAUAAUCUGAACUUCACUGGUACAACCAAUCUAUCUACUGGUUGGGUAUAUGGGUAUGGCCAACAAUGGUGGGAUGCCAACCCUAAGAACGGAUCUGGAAUUGCCUCUCGACCUCAUCUAUGGAGAUUCAACGUUACGAAUAGUCAUAUCAGCAAUAUCAAAAUCAGAAAGCCUAUAGCGUGGGUCACGACUUUGAACGGCCACGACAUUGACGUGACCAACGUUUUCGUCGAUGCAGCAACUACCCCAGGUGGUGGUUUCCCUUUCAAUACUGAUGGAUUUGAUGUUGCAGCCAAGAAUGUCAAGAUCAACGAUUUUACCAUUUUCAACGGCGACGAUGCUGUGACCAUCAAUAACGGUGGAGAGAACGUGACUGUGACCAACGGUUUCAUCGGUGGUCCUGGGUGUCAUGGUACAAGUAUCGGUUCUUUGGGUCAAGCUCAAGGUGUAUACAACACAGUGAAAAACAUUUGGUUCGAGAAUAUCAAAGUGCAUGGUUGUGUGUAUGGUUCGAGGAUCAAGACAUACCUCGGUGGUCAGGGUAUUGUUCAAAAUGUCACUUUUGCCAAUUACGAUGUUUCGAACACUACUUUCCCGAUCUACUUGACCCAGAACUACUUUAACCAAGGUAGCUCACAAACCCAGAAUGGUGCGGGUGUCCAAGAAGGUGGGAACUUCGGCGGUCGAGUAGAUAAUUCCUCUGUAAUCAUUGAAGGUGUUACCUACAAGAAUUGGAAAGGUGAUAUCAACACGUAUCAGCCAGGUGAUGGAUCCUGUGUGACUGAUCCCUGUUGGUACGAUGUUCCCGGAGCAGACGGUACUCAAGCUAUCGUCAUUGGUUGUUCCAACUCUACCGCUUGUUCAAACUUUGAAUUCCAAAAUAUCCAAGUGAUCCCUCAAUCGUACGCAGAGACUAAGAUUAACUGUACGAAUCUCGAACAAGCCAGUAACCCGAACCUCGGUAUUGUCUGCACAAACGGUACCCUCAUCUCCGCUUGA